UUACCCUGUUUGCCACGUUAAGUCUAUAAAACCAUCUCAACAGCCCCAUUAGCGUUCGUAGAUCAUUUUUCCUUGAAUUUUCAAUCAUCCAAUCCACCGGCCAAUAGCGUAAUCUCUAAUCUGACUCCUCUCUGGAAAUUUUGUCGAAGCUCCUUGAUCGAAUUGGGUUAAGAAAGUGGAAAUUAGAACCAGGCUAUAGAACAGCAAGCACAUGGCGUUUGAGCAGUAUUUCGUGCAAGGGUGGGAAUCAAUUCCUGCACCAACAACAGAAUCUGAGAAGGCUUCAUCUCCUUGCUUUGAUUGCAGCAUAUGUUUGGAUUUCGCAAGGGAUCCUGUUGUGACACUCUGUGGCCAUCUCUAUUGCUGGCCCUGCAUAUACAAAUGGUUGGAUGCCAAUAAUUCCGCUGCUAAAGAUAACGAGCCCCCAAAGUGCCCUGUUUGCAAGUCCCAAAUAUCUCAAAGCACCAUAGUACCUCUCUAUGGACGGGGACAAUCCCUAUCAGAAUCCGAGGGCAAGGUUAUACCUCCAAGGCCAGCCGCAAUCAAGGGACUCACAACAUUCAAUCCUGAUCAGGAACAGCAAGAAUCUCGCAGUCCUCGUACAUAUCCCCACACCUUCCCAACUACCUACACCAACUCUGUGCAGAACUCUUCGCCCAUGUUUGUUAAUAAUAGCAGUUCUGCAACAAUGGCUUCUUUCGAUUCAACAAUGGGAAUGUACGGGGAAAUGGUUUAUGCAAGAGUGUUUGGCAAUUCACAGAGCCUAUAUGAGUACCCAAACUCAUACCACACAGUGGUGAGCAGCACUCCAAGAUUACGAAGACAACAUCAACAGGCUUACAGGUCACUUAACAGAGUCUCAAUUUUCUUGUUUUGUUUUUUCCUUCUGUGCCUCCUUGUAUUUUGAUAAUGUUGCUGAUAGUUUUGCUACCCGAGCAUGAGGUUGUUUACUCUGUACAUAUAACGCGGCAUUGUCUAUAUAUACCCCCUAUACAAUGAUAAAGAUUUUCCAGCUUAGUUUGUAGAAUAGAAUAUAUAAAAUCUGGAUUGUGUAGAACCAGAGGGCAUGUUGUAGUUGAAUUGGCAAACAGAUACAGAUUCCAUGGCCCAAUGUGACCCUAUGAGUCGAAUAAAGUUUGCUGUAUACAUACUGUCCCAUUUGCUGCUACAAUUAUCAUGAGGUUCAUGCUGA